CGCAAGCUUCAAAAUUUUGAGGUUCUUCAAACGGUAGAAGCUCUCUGGAAGCCAACACAGGUCCCUAAUCCAGUAAUCCACUUCAAGCUUAACGUCCAUUUCCUUGAGCUGAGACUCAUCCGGCGCCAAUCCCAUCUUCAACCACAAAUUCGGCAUCGCAUUGCACUCAUCGUCUGUCAUUGCCAAAUGGAAGCGGAAACGCCUCAGAGAAUUGAGAUUCUUGUGCUGGCUCAGAACCCUAUCGAGGAAGCGGCAGAAUUCCAAGAACCGGCUCUCUCGAAACUCCGUGCCUCCGUAACGAUACUUGAAAUCGAGGUCCAGAUUGUAAACCCCGGUCCACAAAUCCUUCCAUCGUCGGCUUAGGACGGAGGUGGCCACGGCGUUCUUCGUUUGGAGUAAAGAGAGGAUGUGGGAGAGGAUUUCGUCUGGUAGGUAGCUGAUCAUAUCUUCCGUUGCCGGCUCCGGCAACUUCCGAUGGGCGGUCGUUGCGAUUUCAGGAGCCUCCGUCGUCUCCAUCGAUGGCCGGAGAGAGGGAAGCGAUGCUGGAAAGUGAAACUAGGGUUCCGAGUUCACCAAAUUGCGUAGGAA